UUGAAUGUAGUUUUGAUAUUUUGUUUUACAUUUCCGGUUUUCCGAAAAGUUCCAAUUGUACUUUUGUCCCAAAGUCUCUAAUAGUUUCCUGGCGCAGUUUGACAUUGAUCUAGAGAUUAAAUCCAAAGAAAACGGACGAAGAAAUACAUCCGAAAGAAAUAGAAGAAAGGAAGGAUGAUGGUGGAGGGGGAGAACCAGAGAGGGGAGACCCUCAUACCCAGCGAGGAAGAAGGGUCUGGUGGACAGGAGGCCAUCCACAUGAAGGAGUCCGUUGUCGAGGACAACACAGAACCCGAUGAGGGUUCACGGAAGCCAACCACAGGACCAGUGGUUGUCACGGGAAACCAGAAAAUGCCCGCCAUCGAGAAACUGGAACAGGUUCGCAAAUGGAGCAUCACUACUUAUAAGUGUACGAAGCAGGUUCUGUCAGAGAAGAUGGGUCGUGGAUCCCGUACGGUCGACCCAGAACUCGAGGCCCGCAUCGACAUUCUCCGUGAUGACCGCCGCCGUUAUGAUCACGUGACCUGCCUGGCCCAGACACUCGCCACGCAGCUCGCCCAGGUCACACAGACGCAAAGGACUCUGGGCGAUGCCUUCACCGAGCUCAGCCUCAAAACGCCGCCACUACACGUAGAGUUUGGUCUGAACGGGGACACCCAGCGGUUCCUGUCGAAGAGCGGAGAGGUCAUGGUGUCGGCUAUGAACUCUUUCACCUCCGAUAUGAACACACUGGUUAACAAAACUAUAGAGGACACCAUGGUUAACGUGAAACAGCCAGGAUGUAAACAUUGGCCAAUGUCUUACAGGAUAGAAUAUGAUGCGUACCGUUGUGACCUGGAGGACUUGAACCUGGGACCUCGAGACACCGCCACCCUCCCCAAACUAGAGCAGGCCCAGAGAACCUUCCAGAACCAGAGAGAGAAGUAUGAGAAGAGCCGAAACGACCUGUCAGUCAAACUCAAACUACUGGAGGAGAAUAAGGUAAAGGUUCUCCAGCAUCAGCUGGUAUUGUUCCAUGGUGCUGUAGCCUCCAACAGCACCUCCAACCACCAGCACCUGGAGGUUCUACCCAUGCCCGGUUCACGGAGCCUCCUUCCUGGCUAG